AUGUCACAACAGCCACUCAAACUACGAAACCCUACACAGUACCACCUGAUGGCCUCUCAACAAUCACAAGAUCCCAGCAUGCAUCCACUGGCUACCGCAGCUCAUCCCGCCUAUUCUCUUGGCGUCCGUCAGAAUCGAGAUUCACCCAGUUCAGACCAUCUCGACUUUCCCGAAACGUUCUCACAAAACUUUAUGUCACCAAUGUCUACCUCUCCACUACAUGAUUUUGAUGAUCUAGACUAUCAGUCUGGUCUACAGUCUUAUCAAAAACAACAUACAACUGGACCUAAAGCUAUGAAUAUGCCUAUCAGUGGCCAAUCUCAUCAACGUCCUGGGCAAGAUAAUGGUGGUCUAACAAUGACUCAACCUAUUCAGAUGAAACAGAAUAACCAGGACUUUAAUUAUUCAAUGUUUAACCCAAAUCAUGCCGAUUAUCAAACAGGAGGGUUUCCCAUGUCUGCACCAGCUACAAUGGGAUAUGAAUUUGGUGGCUAUCCUGGCUCACCCUCCUCAUUUGGCGCAGUUCAACCCAAUCUUGGACUUCAUGCACCUUUGGAAACCACUACCUCGACUGGCAGCAUCUCAGCCAAUCACAAUGGGCCAAGAAGUUAUGAAGAAGAUUAUGCAGUACAGAUGAAUAUGCAGAUUAUGAUGGAGAAACGUCGUCGUAGAAGAGAAUCUCACAAUGCAGUCGAAAGACGACGACGGGACAAUAUCAACGAUAGAAUCCAAGAGCUAGGCUACAUGCUACCCGAUAGUGUGGAAAAUAAUGGUCCAAACAAGCCAAAUAAAGGUGCGAUUCUUCGUAAAUCAGUCGACCAUAUACGACAGCUCCAGCAAGACGUUUCAACUUAUAGCCAGCGUGUAAAGGAACUCGAACGUACUCUGCAACACUACCGACAACAACAACCAUAA